AUGGCACCCAACAUCCAGAGCACCCCGAUUCCCGCAGCGACAGUCCAGUCCCAUGCAUCAAAUUUGCUUCAACUGCCAGACAAGACGUUACUCUGUACCUGGUUUGGUGGCUCGCAAGAGGGUCUUCCAGACAUCAGCAUCUGGCUCUCUCGUCUCGAGCCGGGCUCAUCAUCCUGGACUUCUCCCAAGAAAAUCUCCUACGACGAGAAUAGGAGCUGCCAGAACCCGGUUCUAUUCAGAGUGCCAGACAGCGGUGAGAUAUGGCUACUUCAUACCUCACAAGACGCUGGAAAUCAAGACGGGGCCUAUAUCUUGGUUCGCAAGUCAUCCGACCAGGGCAUCACCUGGUCUGAGGCCAAGCAGCUUCUCCCGGGAAAGACAGGCAUCUUCACCCGUCAACCCAUUGUCGUGCUAAAGGACGGGACUUGGCUCUUGCCAGUCUUCUACUGCCGAGGUACGCCUGGUCGCCGGUGGAUCGGAAAUGACGACAUCUCGGGAGUCUUUUACUCAAAAGACGGCGGUAAAACCUGGAACGAGAAGCAGAUCCCGGACAGUUCUGGCGCCGUGCACAUGAACAUAGUGCCUCCGGCUUCUGGGCAAUCUCCUUGGGUUGCUUUCUACCGCAGCCGCUGGGCAGACAACGUCUACCGCUCAACCUCCACCAACGGCCUUGACUGGGCAAAGCCAGAGGCUCUCACUCUACCGAACCCCAACAGCGGCAUCUGCGCCGCCCGCCUUCGCUCCGGCAAGUUGGCCAUUGUGUUCAACCGAUCUGCUGCUUCCCCCGACUCGUUGAGACGGGAAGGGCUCUACGACGAUAUCACUCCUGAAGAUGAUAAGCGACCAAACCAGGUUGCCGUUGGCCAAAAGAGCGCGAUAUGGGGAACUCCUCGGAAAGCGCUCACAGUAGGCGUGUCGGAUGAUGAUGGCUUGACUUGGACUGAGCGUGUGCUGGAGGACGGUGACGGGUUCUGUGGGACGAACAGCUCUACGGGAAAGGAGAAUCGGGAACUAAGCUACCCGAGUAUUCUCGUACAAGACGGGGACGGCCCGGAAGUCACACACAUUGCGUUUACCUUCCACCGGCAGUUUAUCAAGCAUGUCAGGAUAGAGGAUAUUGAGGGGUGGGUUAAGGGUUAG